CUAUCUCUCACUCGGCCCAUUCUCACUGGUGUCUCUUCUCAGCUUCAUAUCUUAUGCUAAUCCAUGACUGGUAGGUACAUUGGCUCCCGCUGCCUACUGCAGUCUUAUUUCUCGUUCUCGGGAAGAGACGCCUGUUAUGUGUCAAGGCGUAGUCUGCCAACAGCUGAUCCAUCACCGCUCUUUGGUGCCGUUUCAAAACUGCGUCGUCAUGCUCAAGGCCAAUUUCCACUGGAGUGCGAGCUACGGCGUCAAGCUGUCAGCUUCUUCUCGAGCAUUUAUUUCCUUCAUGUCUUUGCUUUUUGUUUUGCAUGGCUACGCGUUAAAGACCGGCCAAGAUGGCCGAUUAUUCACAUACUAAUGGGCAUGGCCAUGCUAAUGAAUCCACCACGACUGUCACCGACUGCAUUCUGGGACUGAGGCACAAAAUAAACGACGACGAGCUUCCAGGCCUCACGAAUUUGAUUGACGACUGGUUUGAUCCGAAAGUCGAUGUCGAUGAAGAGCAAUUCGUCCGCCGAUUUCUCCACGUUUUCAAACAAUCAGGUAAGGACUUCACCUACGAGAAGAUCAUUGGCGACUACGAUGGCGAAGUCCAAAGCAUCUUCAACGACUUUGUUGAUAAUAAAAUCAACGCUCAAGAGGCUUCCCAGAGAUAUCGACCGUACAAAACGAGCAAGCUGCUCAAGCAGAAAGGUCAACUGCGGAAAGGUGGUCUUCCCAGCGUCCUUCCAGAAGAUCUGAACACCGAGGCGUCUCUUCUCGCAGCUUUCCCAUCAAGUAUCCCUUCACGAUUCCGGUCUCUGGUUGCCAAAGUCAUUCCCGGUACCAGGAGACCUAAGCGGUCUUUGUACGUGCCGUCAUUCAAAGACCUCGCAUUCCAGAAUUGGGGAAGGACGAUUAGCAACACUCCGUCCUUCACAUGCGUGCCGAGCAACUCGCAAGAUGUCUGCGAUAUCGUCAAGUACGCAAAGAAACAUGAGAUGGGUGUCAGAGUCUCGGGUUUCCGUCAUUCAUGGUCACCAGUAUUUGGACGCUCGAACAGCAAGAAGCUCGGAAACAACGGGGACAUCCUCAUCUCCACGUUGGGGCUUGUCGACGCCUCGGUCCUCCCAAACUUUACCUCCCUGCCAGGAAACCUUUUCGAACCUCGAGCCAAAGACCUGAACUCCAUAGUCGUCGUUGACAAUAACUUCGUGAGGGGACCUCAACUCACAGAUGGUAAGAAGUACGUCAGGGUCGGGACCUCUACAACUAAUGAGCAAUUACGACGAUGGUGCAUCGACACCGGCAAAAUCACACCUCCAAUGAAUAUUAUCGAGGUUGAAAUCACUAUGGGCGGAAGCAAUGGGACAAUCUGUCACGGAGCAGGUAUCAACAACCCUACACUUUCCGACCUCGUGCGUGCCAUGGAAUACGUUGAUGCGAACGGUUCUCUCCGCAAAGUCGACAUGUCCACACCUGACCUUCUGAGAGCGGCAGCAGGCUGCUUUGGUCUCAUCGGAGUGGUAACACAUCUUGUCCUUGAACUUGACGCCUUGUCCUGUGCCUUGCUGGAACCACGGAAACUGCCCGUCAUCGAAGCGAUCCCACCGCCUCCCGACAUGCCAGACUCAGCCAUUCCGGCCCCAUUACGUCCGAAGCAGCCCUUGAGCGCUCAACGCAAGGCCGAGAUCCAGAAGGAUUUCGAGACACGUGCCUUGACGACCGACUAUGCGGAGUGGUUCUGGUUUCCGCUGUCCAGCGAAGUCUGGGUGAACACCUGGCACAAGACUUCUGAUGUGUCUGGAGCCGUCAACUACCCCAGCGACGCAAAGACCAUACUACAAGUGUUUGGUACUGUCAUGGUCAACAUUGCUCAAAACGCUGCCACCCUUCUCAAAGCCACUGAGUUUGUUGCCGAAACGCAAACGAAACUGUUGACCUGGCUAGCCAUGAAGAAUCUAGACGACGUUGGACCGAACGGCAAAAAGAUCAAGACCUGGCUCCCUGAUGCCCUGCAUUUCCAGCGAGGCGUGCAGAAUGUUCGAGUUCGAGAUUUGGAGGUUGAAUUUGCACUACAACCCAAGGAUGCGGUGGUGAACGGCGCCGUCAACGGCACUGUUGUACCAACCACAAAGAGCAAGCAAAUUGAUUUCACAGUCGUCCAACGCGCAUGGUGGGACGCCAUUAUUACCUGCUACAGCGCCACGAAGACGUGUCCACAGCGCAUGCCCCUCGAAAUGCGAAUCAUGUCGUCCUCACAGGUGACACUAGCGCCUCAACGAGGCCAUGAGCUUGGAACAUGCUCGAUCGAGAUUUUGACCCUGCACGAAAUGGCCGAUAUAUGGCAGCCGUACGCUCAGACCGUGCUGGAUAAGUGGUCCAGCUACAAGACGCCGCAAGGGCAGUUGAUACCGGUCCGCCCACAUUGGGCCAAAGAGUGGUAUGGGUAUAACAUGCGAGGCAGGCCGUGGCAGGACGUGCUUAGGACGGAGGACGCUCAAGGCGGUGGUUAUAGGGGCCAGAUUGAGGAGUGGCGGGGUUUGAUAGGACGGCUGGGAAACAGAGAUGGAUGGGCCGCUCGCGAUGCUCGAUUCCGGUUUGGGAAUGAGGUUUUGGAUACGCUGUUCUGGGAGGAUGUUAGGAGCACGACGUCGACUCCUACUCCUGUCAAAGGCGCACCACCGAAGAAGAAGGAGAGCCUGGGGAAGAGGCUUUGGCAGAGCUGUUUUGGAUGAAUGUUGGCUUCUGCUGUCGCUUCAGUCUAUGCGAUGUCGUAGGAAAAUUGUCGAUCUGGACGGAUGGGAAUUCUGCAUGAUGGUCGACUUACAAGAGAGGACAAAUUGCGAAGAUCAACCUCUUUGCUGCCGAUAUACCUGGGUACGAUGGAACAACCUCGAGGCAUUUUACGAUAUGACACUGGGGCUAUCAAUUUACGACGAGAUGAACUGUGAUCUACA